AUGAGUAAUCAUGGUUGCAUUCAACCGGGCCCAGGCGGCACGGAGUUCUUCAUCUCCAUCGAGGGAGGCCAUCGGGGUUUUGGCGGCGGAGCCACGCAGCGGGCCCUGGCCGGUGGCCAGAAGGCCACCAAGAAGGAGCGCAAGGAGAAGAAGUCUGCACUUCGUGACACGAAUGCCCAGGCCGAGAUGAAGGCCGCGGCGAAGGCGGCCUCAGCAGCCGGCGGAACUCGUGAGGAGCGAAAGAAGGCUGCAGCUGCCGCGCUUGCCGCAGCUGCGACGCCGAAGCCCACGGUCGAAGUCGAUCAGGAUGCCGACGAAGAGAACACCACACUCUACGGCCUCCUGCGUCUGCGCUUCAACGACGACCCACGAGCACCAAGUCCGGUCUUCCAGGAAUUAGGCGGCUGUGCCUUGAUCCGUGAGCUGCACGUCUACGGCACGCUCGUGGCAGCAGGGCGCGAAGAGUCCACACGCAGCUUAAGCGAUGACCGGCCGCAGCACAUUGGAAUCGGCAGGACACUCAUGGGUACCGCCGAGCUCAUAGCUGCCGCCCAUGGCUACCAGAAGAUCUCGGUGAUUGCGGGAGUGGGUGUACGCAAUUACUACCGGAAGCUGGGCUACCGCCUGCGAGGCGACGGGCAGUACCUGAUCAAGGAGCUGCCGCCUUGUCCGGAAUCGGAUCGGGGCCGGAAGCCGCAGGAGUUCGAAGCCUCCUUCUUGAAGGCGGCCAUGAGGCUGGAGAAGCGCAACUCAUGGAGCCCCUCUAAAGGCACUGUCGCGCUUGUUGGGCUUGGCCUCGCCGUGCUUGCAGCCACGGCCCUGAUGGUCCGAAGGCAGUUGAAGAAGAGUUAA